CCCACACGCCGCUUUCAGGAAGUGCCCUGAUCAGCUGAGUGAGUGAGAGGGGCUGUCACGGGUCUGCUGACCGCGGACUUUCUCCAACACGAGGGGGAAAAAACGCAAUAAAUCUGGGAUGUAAGAAAGCGCUUUGUUGCCGUAUCGCAUCCUAGACUGUCGCUCGGAAUAGCUGUUGUUUUGGACCACCAGUGAAGAUGCCUCUAAUACCAGUUGUUCCAGAAAACCACAGUCAUGUCCUGGCAGAGUUUGACUGCCUCGAUCCGCUUCUCGCUGCCUUGCGUUUAGACUCCGGCAGGCUAAAGUGUACCUGUUUGGCAGUGUCGAGAAAGUGGCUCGCAUUGGGAACAUCAGCAGGGGGUGUGCACUUGAUUCAGAGGGAGGGCUGGAAACAAAGGCUCAUCCUCACUCACAAGGAGGGAUCCAUCACUCAGGUGGCAUGCUGCCCUCAUGAUGAAGACUUUAUUGCAGUUGCAACAAGUCAGGGUCUGGUGGUAGUGUGGGAGCUGCAGUUGGAGCGGCGGGGUCGUCCAGAGAGAGUCAGCAUGUCCUGGGAGCACAGAGGUCAGACGGUCACUGCACUCUGCUGGGAUACAAGCGUGCUGAAAGUUUUUGUCGGGGACUCUGGAGGCAAGGUGUCUUUUCUCCGUGCAGGAUCUUCUAAACUGGGCAAGGGGUCAGCAUUUGUUAUAUUCCCAGUUCAGACUGUCACCACUGUGGACUCUAAAGUGGUUCAGCUUGGGUACCAAGACGGGCGACUGCUUGUGUCUUCCCUGACUCGCUGCUAUCUCUGUGACACAGAGAAGGAGAAGUUCUGGCGAGUUGGAAAUAAGGAGCGUGACGGCGAGUAUGGAGCUUGCUUUUUCCCUCAGAACAGGGGAUUAUUAUUGGGUCAGCCCCCGCUGCUGUAUUGUGCCCGGCCGGGGUCUCGAAUAUGGGAGGCCAGUUUUAAUGGCGAGGUUCUGAGCACUCAUCAGUUCAAACAGCUUCUGGCAUGUCCUCCACUACCUCUCAUCACUUUUAGAAAUGAGCCAAAUUACAAUCCAGUGCAGAAGACUCCACAGUCUGUCGCCUUCCCUAAACUGCUUUAUUUGGGAGACCAAAACCUGCUGACCUGGACUGAUUCUGCCAUUUAUAUCUUUACACCUCAGAAUGGACAGGUACUCCUAUGGACUGAAAUUAAAGGUUUGGUUGAUGUGGCGGUCUAUCGGAGUGAGCUCUUCUGCCUCCAUGGAAGCGGGCGUCUGUCCCACCUCUCAUUGUUAUCUGCGGAGCGCUGUAUUGAGCGUCUGCUACGCAGGGAGUCCUGGCUUCUAGCUGCUGCCGUCUGCUGUAUGUUCCAACAUGCAAUCACCACCAGCAGGGCCAGGAAAUCAAUUCCCAUCGACCGCCUGGAGCACCUGAAGUCUCAGCUCAGUUCCAGCACACAUCUGGAGCUGAUCGGGCAGCUGGAAGAGGUCAUCACAAAGGUGGAGCCUCUUGACUCUGCUUCCAGCAGCCGGAGGAGUAGCAUCUCUUCACACGAGAGUUUCAAUGUCCUGGACUGUGGGAUCUAUCGAGUUAUCAGCCGCAGAGGAAGCCAGUCAGAUGAGGAGACGAGCUCCCUGCUUAAUCACUCUGUGUCAGAGGAGGAGCGGCUCAAGGAAUUCAGCUUUGUGCAAGAUGAGGAUCAGGUGGAUCAUGAUCCACAGAUCAGUGAGCGCAUGGAGGCUGAACGAUCUGACCAGGGCCUGCAGUUUCACCUCCCACUCUCAUUCCGUCCCAAACCCCCCCGCAUCGCACUGCAGGCCGUCAAAGACAGUGUUUCUAGUUUUGUUAAGAAGACAACAGAGAAGAUCAACACACUCCAGAUGAACUCUGAGCUCUGGCAGAGACCUGAAUUCAGAGAAGGCGGACCGGCAGAAAUCUCAGCCGCCACAAAUCUGUACUCCGAGGACAUGGAGAAUGAUGUUAGUGAUGAUAUGGCUAACACAGAGGCUGAAAUGCAGGAGCUUCAGUCAGGAACAGAGCAAGCUAUCUCCCAGACACAAGAUCCUUUGGUGCUACUAGAUCCAAUCUCCCUGGGACAAGCUCUGCUGGAGUGGUUACAGGUGUUGGAGCGAAUACUCGGGCCUGUGGAGCUCAAGUCAGCUGCUGCUAGUGAUUCAAAUAUGGAUGGACCAGGAGAGGAGAGAUGGGAGACGGAUUAUCUGAGCACUUGCUCAGAUCAACAAGAGGGGCCUACCUCUUCGUCAGAGGAACCGACAGAUGUUACAGAGAAGAAAGAUGCCCCUAAGCCUGAAGAAAAAGAGGGACAAUGUGAGAACCAGCUGAUGUUAGACUCCACUAAAAACGGUGCUUCAAAUGGGAGCCCUCCAGAGCCCAUCCGUGUGGUGUCUCCUAAACCUGUACCAUCAGAUCUGCUAGUUAAUCUCACCGAGGUGGCCACACUGUACACAGAGCUGAGCUGCUUCAGAAAACAGAACGAACAAGAGCUGGCGUGCACAACUUUCCUGCGCCGCUACUUCUUUCUGCUGGACCAAGAGCGCGUGAGAAGAAUGUGUCUGCUGCGCUAUCAGGAGCAGCCCGAGAUAAUGAGCUCCUUCACCGAGGCCAUGCUAGAGUUAACUCAAUCUGACAAGAUAGUGGAGGUUUUUCAGAGAGGCGAUUUGCAGAGAUCUCUGCGAAGUCUGAGAGAGCUGCAGCCCUGGAGUCCAACUCAUCUCCUCGCUCACUUGCACAGGCUGUACGAGAAGCACGGUGAGGCAGCUGUGCGCUCGUUUUCCCAGUUCUAUCCUACCAUAACUCCUGCUGACGUAAUGACCAUGGCUCAGAAAAGCCACUUCCUGGCAUACCUGGAUAAUCUGGUACAAUCACAAACUGAGGAGCACAGGCUGUCAUUUUUGCAGUCCCUUCUUGAUCCAGAGUCACUGAGACAGGAUUGGCUGGAGCUGGCACUUACCCAUGAUGCUCCUCAAUGUUGUGAUACCCUGACCACUGAUGGACAGCCCAGGUGGCAUUCACAUUGUUUCACUUGGGGCUAUGGACGUCUUCUGUCUCUGCUGAUUCGAAUUCCCGCAGACUCGUCCUCUAAGCAGAAAAUGUUAGAGACUUGCCGAAGUCAUGGGUACUGGACCGGAUACCUCUACCUUUGCAGCGAGCUCCAACUUCACACAGACGCUUUCACUGCCAUCUGCCAGCUAGAUGACAUCAGCCUGCUGGAUGAAUCUGAUGGUGUUAGGCCCCAGACCUUGGACGAGUGGAAGCUCUUGAUCCAGCUGUCUCAGCGGUGCAACGGUGCAGUCGACUCAGAGCAGGUCACAGGCGUGAACGGGAGCGGCUGCUCCGACAGCUCAGCAGACAGCAGAGGAAAGAUCAACCCGGAGAACCUCACUCUUAUGCUGGCUCGGACAGCUGGGCCUGACCGAGCUCUGGCGAUCCUGGAGGAUUGUGGAGUCCAGCUGGUUCUGUCACCCCACUCCAAACUGGUCUGUGAGGUGCUGAGAGUCGCUGAGAAGCGGCAGAGAGCCAUGAUCCAAACGAUGCUCGAGCGGUGCGAUCGUUUCCUGUGGUCUCAGCACGCCUGACUCCAGAUCUGAAACCAGACAACAUGUAUAGCUAACACUUGAUGUACGUCUUCCCACUAACUGCUGUUAAAGCUGUGACUUAAUUUAUACACUGUGAUAUUUGUCAAAGUUUAGAUGAAAGUAUUUAUCCUAGAGUGAAAACAGUAUGAUGUGUCUUAAUUGUGUUUACUUGGCAAUUUUGUUAAUAUUCACAUGUGUGCUGGUUGAUUUUUGUUGUUGUUUUUAAUAAUAAUAAUUCAGGUAAAUGCUUUUUGCAUGUACCAGCAGUCAGACAUUUGAAUGACAAAUAAAUCAGUAAUUUUUUUUUUCCUGCUGUGACCAAAAAAACU